AUGCUUCAAGGCACGCUUGGGGCCCCCUCGCGGGCGUCCUUUGAGGCCCUAAGUAACACCAAGGGUUCGCUGCUGGGAAGCAAGCUAUUUGCGGCGACUCAGUCCCAGCCGCGCGGCGCUCAGUUCCCACAGCCCAGUCGCGGCUCCUCCCGGCUGGCCAUCUCGGCCUCGGUGGCAACAGAAGUUGACACCAGGAGCUAUGGAGCCAGCGGCAGGCGGUCGCUCGAAGCCCCCACCCAUGUCACGGUGCGCAUUGUCAUGCAGGCGCUCAGCGCUGGCAUGCAGCCUCAGGUGGUGCCCGCCUUUCCCGAGGGCAGCGGCUCGCUGCCAGAGGUGCUGUACCGCCUGCUGGACCCGGCAGCCGCGGUGGAGCUGCCCGCGCCCGGCGCGGUGCAGCUGCGCGCCAGCGACAACCGCGAGCUGGACAAGCUGGUGGCGGCGCUGGGGCGCAACAAGUCCACCUGGCGCCGCGCCCUCAUGCUGCACGAGUGGCUGCUGGAGAUCGGGUACCGCCCCGACGACCGGCUGUGCACCACGCUGAUGCGGGUGUGCGCGCAGCACGGGCAGGCCGCCACCGCGCUGUCGCUCUACGACUGGAUGCGCACUCCCGGCGAGGAGGGCGGCGGCGGCCUCACGCCCUCGGUGUUCACCUACACAGCCGCCAUGCGCGCCGCGCUCACGGGGUCCAUGAUGGACCGCGCGCUGCAGGUGUGGGAGGACGCGCUGGCGGCCAAGUGCGAGGUCGACUGCCGCCUGUGCACGACGCUGAUCGAGGUGUGCGGGCGCAAAGGCGACACCGACCGCGCCCUGGCGGCGUACGCGCAGAUGCGCUCCUCCCCCAAGGACAGCCGCAUGGCGCCAUCCGUGCACGCCUACACAGCCGCCAUGCGGGCGGCCUCGGAGGGCGGCCGCUGGGAGGCGGCGCUGUCGAUCUGGGAUGACAUGCAGGCGGCAGGGUGCAAGCCCACAGGCCACGCGUACGCCGCCGUCAUCUCCGCCUGCGCCGCGGGCGGGCAGUGGCAGAAGGCGGUGGGCUUGUUUGACGACAUGCUGGCCUGGGGCGUGCGCCCCGACGUCGUGUCGUGCACCGCGCUCAUCACGGCCCUGGGCACCGACGGCCAGUGGGAGCGGGCGGAAAAGGUGGUGGAGUGGAUGCUGCGCUCAGAGAUCAAGCCCAAUGUGCGCACCUACACCGCGCUGAUCACGGCACUGGGCAAUGCGCGGCAGUGGGACCGCGCCUUGGACAUUGUGAAGCGCAUGCGGCGCCACGCCUUUGGCGGCCUGGAGCCCAACUCGUACACCUACUCUGCGCUGCUCAAGACCAUGGGGGAGCAGGGCAAGUGGCAGAUGGCGGAGCGCUUCUUCCGGGAGCUGGAGGCGGAGCAGCUGGAGCUGAUGGCCAGGGAGGCGGCGGGCGGCGGCCAGGGCGGCGGCGGCGGCGAGCCCACGGCUGGCCGCCGCCAGGCGGCCGCCGCGGCCGUGGCCGCGGCGCAGCAGCAGCAGCAGGAGCUGGCGGCGCAGCUGGGCGCGGCGGGCGCGGAGGAAGCCGCGCUGCUGGCCGGCGCGGCCUGGCUGCAGGCGGCGGCCGCCGAGCCGGCCGGCGCCCCGCUGUCGGCCUUCCCGGGCGUGCACAAGGCGGCGCCCGCCGACGCGCCCGCCGCCGGUGCCAGCAGCAGCCGCGAGGCGAUCGCCGCGGCGGCCGCCGCCGUGGCCGCCAUGGCCGCGGCGCGCCAGCAGCAGCAGGCGGCGGCGGCCGGCGGCGCGGCGCCGCCGCAGCUGCCGCUGCUCAAGCUGGCGCAGCAGGCGCAGGCGCAGCAGGCGCAGCAGCAGGAGGCAGCAGCCGCCGCGCAGCCCGGCGCGGCGCCAGCACCAGCAGCGCCCUUCAGUUACUUCUCCGGUGCCAAGGCGGAGGCUGCCGCCGACUCGGGCUCUCCAGUCAGCGUGGCCGCCGCCGCCGCGGCUUCCGACUCGCCAGCCGCCAGCCCCACCGCCCAGCCCGCGGGCGCCUGGACCAACGACAACGCCGCGGUGCGCGGCCUGCCUCUCCACCUGGACGACCUCUCCGCGCUUUCCUCCUCCUCCGCGCUUUCCUCCUCCUCCGCCGCCGCCGCCGCCGCCAACAACGUGGUGGCCGCCGGCCUGCGGCUCAAGCCGCUGCCCAAGGGGCGCGGCCCCGUGAACGAGGUGGUGUGCGGGGCGCUCAUGCUGGCGUACGAGCGCGCGGGGAAGUGGCAGGAGGCGGUGGCGGUGCUGGAUCGCGCGCAGACGCUGGGCUUUGCGCCGCGCGACUACGCCUACUGCGGCCUCAUCGCGGCGCACUCGUUCAAGGGCGACUGGCGCGCGGCGCUGCGGGUGCGCGACCGCAUGGCGGCCGCGGGCCUGGCCCCCAGCGUGCACGUCUACAAUGCCCUCAUCGCCGCCUGCGACCGCGCGCACCAGUAUGAGCGGGCGAUGGAGGUGGCGCGCGACAUGGGGCGCGCCGGCGUACCCACCAACUCAGUCACGCAGUCGCUGCUGGACGGCGUGUGCAAGGAGGGCGUGCGCGCGGUGGAGAGCCAGCAGGCGGCGGCCGCCGCGCUGUCGGCCGCCGUGGCUGCCGCCGGAACGCUCAUGAUCCGCGCCGGCAUCUUCUGA